AUGAAGGUCUUGAAUUUUAAUCAGGACGCCACCUGUUGUGUGGUCUAUACGGCUCCACAUAUAGUGAGCAUUUACAAUUGUGAUCCAUUUGGUAAAUGCUUUGAGUUAGAUUCCAGACUUAAAAGUACUAAUACUAAUAAACACGCCGAUAAUGCCAAUAAUUCUAUGGAUGGGAGUAAUACAAGUGGUAACUUACGAGAUGAAGAGGUGGAAAAUGAAAUUAUUGAAGAAUCUUUGACAAAUCUUUCCAAUAAUAAUAAUAAUUUAACAAGUAUGGAUGAUAGUGUUGUUGUGGAAAUGUUAUUUUCCACUAGUUUAGUGGCAAUUGCGGACAGAAGUCAAAGUUCAAUAAAGAGCAAGAGAUUAAAAAUCGUUAAUACUAAGAGGAAGUCAACCAUAUGCGAGAUUUCAUUUUCUCAUGCUAUUGUUGACGUUGUAAUGAAUAGGAAAAGGAUGUGUAUUCUUUUGGAAAGCGAUCAAAUUUUCGUAUACGAUAUAUCAUGUAUGAAACCCCUAGAGACGAUUGAUCUUUGGGAAGAUCAUAUUAAGAAUAAUACUGCUGCAGCAGGAAUUGUCAGCAAUAUAAGAGAGACUAGUGAUCCUAAGAGUCACACUCAAAGGAAGAGAAGAAACUCCUUAAGGUCUAGAUUAAGGCCACGGAUGGUACUGAGUAACGAUGAUAGAAGUAUCUUAUGUUAUACUUCAUAUAGUUCGACCAAAAAUCAAUCGGAUUCGUUUGUUCUAAAUGAUAUCGUUGUUUAUGAUGCCUUAAAUGUAACACCGUUGAAUUAUUUAAACUCUGUCCACAAAGGGAACAUUGCGUGUUUGGCAAUUAACUAUGAUGGUAAACUAAUUGCAACAGGAUCCGACAAAGGAACGAUAAUAAGGAUCUAUAGCACAGGUGUAGAUUGCGAAUUUAAUGCUUCCAAAGCACUAAAAUACGAGUUCAGGAGAGGAAGUAGGACUUGUAAUUUAUAUCAAUUAUCAUUUGACAGGAAAAGUUCAAUGCUAGGAUGUGUUGGUGACACAGAUACUAUCCAUAUAUUUAAAUUAGAUCCUGAAUCUUCUGAUGAAUUUCCUGGACUUAACAGUCAAGAAGAACAAUUGUUGGAUCAGAACGAUGAAAUUCAAAAGCAUACCAACGGUGAUGAUAAAAAAUUUGUCAGGGAUCCCUCAAAACAAUUAUCACAUUUUUUCUCCAAACGGAUUAAAGCAUCAAUACCAAAUCAAAAUUUGCGUCGUGAUUACGCACAUAUAUCAAUGAAUGAAUCAUUAAGGUAUUGUUUAGGAUUUCCAGGUGAAUUUCCUAAUCAAGUUUAUGUUGCGAGUGAUGAUGGGACAUUUAAAGUCUACAGUCUCCCGUCCACACCUGGAGAAUGUAUUUUAAUGAAAACAAGUAAGUUCGAUUAA